AUGGACUCACCCCUCCUCUGGAAGGAGAACUACAACCCGUUUGACGCUGUCGGACUUCAGCCAGAGCACAUGCGGCCCGAGCCACCUUCUCGGAUUAUUUUCAAACGCGCGCUGGAGUACGCACGGCUGGCCACGAAUCCCGACCGCCUCAGACAGCGUGGGAUGCAUCCCGAGGAGCUCCCUUACGGCUGGAAGCAGGUCGAACGAGCAUUCCUGUACUUCACACAGAGCAGUGAAGGCAGGCCGCCUGACGCGGACAGCAGCCGUGGCCUGUUGAAUGAAGCCGCAUGGCAGCGGGCGUUUGACGAGCUCGUUGUGAGCGACCAGGACGGCUUCUAUCUGCGCUACUGGGCUCCCGAGAGAAUCUCGCCGCGGCUGGUGCUUGCUGGCGGAGUUCAGGUGUACGAUGUGUUGCCGUGCACAAACAUUCAGUCACCAAUCCUGGGCGCGACCCCCGUGAGCAGUCCCCGAGCUCAGCCAACCUGGGAUGAGGCACAUCUAGAUUCUUCACCUCCCUCCACAAGGUCCAGCUCGCCCUUGUAUCUGUUUAGCAACAGCAUUGGGACUGGGCGGACGCAGGAAACGACGCCGUUUGCUUCAGAAUUCUCCGCCACGGGGCAGGCAUUCUGGAAGUUGAAAGCAGAUGUAACAGGAGUAUCACCAGCACCAGCUGCUGCUUACGAACGCGGAUCGUCGAACGCGUUGAGUGAGGCACCGCUCGUGUCAGGGCAUGUACGCACGCUUUUAGAGCGAGAUCUCGCGGAUCUGCUAUAUCAUUACUCGCCAAUGUCGCCGCCGCCGCCGCAAGAACCGUCGUCCUCCGUGGGGACGCCAACAACAUUGCCCUUCUCGACGCCUCCUGGUGCAGUAGUCGACGUGAGUUCAGAACACGAACAACAGCAAGGAACACGAGAGCAGCACCAACAGAAUCAGCAGGACCACCAGCAACGUGGCUACCGGUACGACCAGCACUUCCACAUAUCCGAGCAGACACGCCAGCACCGGGCCGACCUGAAGGCAGACCCAGAUCGUACUUUCGUCGGAUUCCAUCGAAAGCAGGUUGCCAAGGCCGGUGCCCACACACGCCAUGGCGAGGACUAUCGGCAGGCGGUGUAUCGACAGGUCGACAAGCUGCGCCGUGUGCAGUGGCGGAUCUGA